AUGUUCUCACUGUUCCCACUUGUUCCCAAAACUAACGCAAAAGCAGCAGUUAAAACAGGAGGUAGGCAGCUUGCAGCUAUUUUAAACAGUUCACAACGAAUUGAGAUUCAGAAGGAUAAAAAGAAAACAAAGAAAAAAAACAAAUGUCCAAUUCAGAAAAAAACUGUGGUUAAACAGAAAAGAACAUUAGAAGAUUCAGAUUCGGAGAGCGAAAGUCCAGUAUUGCAGGAAAGUGAUACAUCAGCAGAUGAAUGCGACGAAAGCGAAUGCGUAGGAUGUGGGGAAAAUUAUUUUAAAACCACUAAGAAUGACGAAUGGCUCAAAUGUGUGAACUGUAGUCGUUGGUUUCAUAAUGGAUGCUCAAAAUUCGAGAAUAUUUGCGCUAUAUGCGGAAAAUUUAACAAGAGAAGUCGAAAAAAUUAA